AUGGCAUCUACGACAAUAGAAACCGAAGAAUAUGACGCUUUAGUUAAACAAAUGCUAGAGUCGGACGACGGAGAUAUUGGAAAGAAUUUUUCAAUAACAACAAAGGGGUCUUCAGUAGGAUCAUUACCACCAGAACUUGAAGCUGCCAUGGAAGACGAGACUCAUGCUGAACAAUACUUGAACAAUUUGAAAAUUAAAGUUGAGGCUUGGAAAACGACUGGGUUAACAGGUGCAAUGAAAAGAGCUUUCGAACUUUUAAAUGAAAAUGGAAUGACAGAUGGGACGGGUUUGGAAGAAGACGAGGACACUGAUGGAAGUAAUGAUGAACCAUCUACACCUAUAACGGAAAUCCAAGACCUCCAUUCUCAUCCAAAAAUAGCAGAGGGUUCAAUUUCACGCCUUGUGAAUGGGGUCUCCUCAUUGGUUGAUAUUGAAAAAUGCUUUAAAGGACUUCAAAUACCGGAAUUGGAUCUCACAAUUACUCCAGAGAGUAAAAUAACAGCUACUCUUAAUGAAUUAUAUAAAUUACAAGAAGAUCUUCAAAUUCAUUUGCAAGGUGGACCGUUAGCCGAUCCAUCAACUUUAGGCACACAAAGACGAAAAAAAGUAUCAGAUCUGCUUGAAAGGGUCAUGAAAGAGGCUGCAUUAUAUGAGGAAUUUGUAAAUAGAGCAUCACAUCUUAGUUUAGAAAGAAUUCUAAAUGAAUCAGAUAUGUCCAGUGAAGAGGAAUUUCAAGAUUCUGAAACUUUGGAUACAGAAUCUGGAAUUCAUUAUUUUGAGGAUUCCUUUUCAGAUAUGUCUCGCAAAUCUACAACAACCACAUCAACAGCUUCCCUUUCACCACGUUCACUAAGGCCAAUCGACCCAAAUCUUUUUCGUCUUCGCACUAUGUCAAAUGCAUCGGUUCCUUCGAUGCGAUCUCGUGCAUCAUCCCGUCAUUCACGUUCAUCAUCUCCGUCUGUAUUAGACCUUGAAGACAUGGGUUUGUUUUCGCCGCCGGAACCUCGAGAAGCAUUUCGGUGGUGUCCUUUACCAAAAAUUUCUGAUCAUUUAUACUCACAGGACUUUAGACAUGAUGCAGGUUUGGCAACUGUACUUGCUGUGAGUAGUAUAAUCGCUGUUGGUACUACACGUGGAUUGGUCAUGGUAUAUGACAUUUAUACACAAAGUUUAAAGUGUAUUUUGGGCAGCACUUCAAAUGCUCUUGAACAUGGUGCAGUUACAUCACUCACAAUUUCUUCAGAUCACACACAAAUUAUUAGUGGUCACGCGGAAGGCUACAUUUUAAUAUGGGAUAUUCAAAGGUAUUCAAGUCCAUCUCGGACCAUUGCACCUAUAUCCCCUGCUGUUGCAGCUGGUGGUGGAAAAGAGGGUCAUAUUCGUGGCUCUACAAUUUUACAUGUUGGGUUUGUUGGUGUUCGAAAAAAUGGUAUCGUUUCUGGAGAUAAUCAUGGAAUGGCAUUCUAUCAUAACUUAUACAAAGUAAUGAUGGUCAAUGCAACUGAAACAACACGUAUCCUUGGUCGAUAUCCUGUUUCUAUACCAACUCAUGAAACACCUGUUGCAUCAAAACCAAAUAGACCCAGUACAGUUUUCGGAUUGGCUCCACUACCUUUAGGACAGUCGACACAUGGGUCCGAAAGUUUUGGCCUUGUUGCUAUGCUAACACCAUAUAAGAUGAUAAUAGUGAGUACAAAACCAACAGCCCAAACUCAAUAUAAAUGUAUAAAACCUAAGUGUGUUUCAUCAGAUUCCACUCCAUCAUCUAAAUCAACAUCCGGUUGUUUGGCUUGGUUCCCAGCUUCUAAACAUCAAUCUAAUUCAGGCGACAUGACUUUGGAUCCACUUCUUGCUUUUUCAUGGGGAAAUCAUUUGAACAUUUUGAAAAUUACUAUUGUACCAUCUACAAUUACUGAAAUUUCAAAAAAACGACGAUCUGAACGCGAUAUUCGUUUGGAAUUCAUUAAGAUAGGCGAAUGGAAAGGAAUGAAUAGUAUAGUCGGAUUACAAUGGCUUUCUUCUCAAGAAAGUGAGCAUAGUAAUAUCAGGCAACGUUCAUUGGUAUAUCACGAUAGGUUUUCUUCACUUUUGAAAGAUCUUUCUGAGGAUUCAACCAACCAGAUAGAUUCCUUUAGGACAUCUGCUACUAUGGAUCUAGCAUAUUAUCAUAGUUUGCAGGUUUAUAAAGGAAAAGUGUUUCUAUUGGGGGUGCACCAAAUUUAUAUUGGCACACUUUUAACAUGGGAAGAUAGAAUAGUUGCGCUUGUAGGGUCUGGAGAUUUUCUAGAAGGAAUUUCUCUUGCCACAUCUUUUUAUAAUGGCACUUCUUCUCAAACAAUUCUUGGUCUUCCAGAUGAUGAAGAAACUCGUCAUACAAGUGUUGGGGAAAAACUUAUGGAACUAUUAAUAAUAUCCAUAAAUUACGCUUUUUCUAGCGAACGAACAUUUCAAGGCAUGGUAGAUGAGCAAAAUAGCAGUGGUAACGUCUUGUUCCAUGAUCUAGCCAUUGCUUGCAUUGAAGCAUGUCUUAGUAUGCAUAGGGAAGAUUUCCUUUUCAGCGACGUAUAUGAGAAAUAUUCUGAAGCCUGUGCUAAAGGAAUAUUACUUGAAGUUCUAGAACCAUAUAUUCUUAAAGAUAAAAUAAAAGAUCUUCCACCGGAAGUUAUGAAAGACCUUGUCACUCAUUAUCGUAACAGACGUAUGCUUCAACGAGUAGAAGAAUGUAUAUGGCACAUUAAUCCACAAUGCUUAGACAUUGAUCAAGUGGUUCAACUUUGUCAUAGUGAAAAACUCUACGAUGCUUUAACUUACGUUUGGAAUCGAUCCAUGGUUGAUUAUGUGAGUCCAGCGGUUGAACUUCUCGCAGUUAUUAGAAAAAUUUUAAUUUUAGAAAAAAGAAAAAAGAAGAAGAAUCGAUUUUCUAUUUCAAGUGGUUCUAACAAUAAUCUAACUGAUUCAAAUAUCCUCGAUGGUGAGGAUUUAGAGACCAUGAAAAUGAAUGCUCGUAAAUUUUAUACGUAUAUGUCUAAUAUUUUAACCGGACAUACGUAUCCAAAUGGCGCACCACUUAAUGAAAGUGAAGCCAAUGAAGCUCGAACAACUUUAUAUUCUUUCAUAUUUUCUGGGCGAUGUGUGGUAUGGCCUAGACAUGGUGGUAAAUUAAUACUAACUGCAGAAGAUGAAAUAAAUGGUCCUGAACCUACCUAUCCAUAUCUUCGACUAUUUUUACGAUUUGACACGAAAGCUUUUCUUCAAGCUUUAGAAAUUGCGUUUGAAGAUUCUUAUUUAAAUGGUGUUGAAAUUAUUAUGAACAAUGAUGAUUAUUAUGAAGAGGAAAUACCGGGAAAAAUUAUUAAUCGCCAAUUAUUAGUCAACAUAUUACUCGAGGUAAUGACGUCUGGAUCUCCAGAGACUUCGGACUUCACACAAGCGGACAUGUCAUACCUAUACAGCUUUGUGGCCCGCAAUCUAUCAAAAUAUCCACAAUUCCUUCUGCUUUCACCGUAUUCAAUACAAAACUUAUUAGAAAAACUCAGCAUCGAGAACGAUCCACGUACGCGGGAGGAACGACAGCUUUCUGUUGAAUGCUUGUUAUCUAUUUAUACUCCUCAAGAUGAAAAUAUGAUGGUUCAAUUAUACGAAAAGGCUGGGUUUUGGAGGGUCUUAGAACAUGUGUAUAAAGCUGAGAAAAAAUACGGAUUAUUGAUCACUACUUAUUUAAAAGAUCCUGAUCGAAAACAUGAAGUAUUUGAUUGUAUUCGAGGAUUGUUGAAUCCUUGCAGUAAACUUACCAAAAAACAACAUAUGGAAGUUUUAGAAAUAAUUAUGACUCACAUUGAUGAAAUUGUUGAUAUCGAUGGUGAACAAACAGCUUUAAUAAUAAAAAUGUAUUUUGAUAGUGAUCAUAAAACUGUAAUUGCAAACCUAGAAUCGUCUCCAACCCGACUUUUCACAUAUUUAAGAGGACUUUUAGAACCAUCGCAGGACGAUGUCAAAGUUGGAGAACUUGUUAGAAUACCAAUGGUCGAAGAGCAAGUCAUUUCGACUGAACCGUCAUCGGAUCCAUCAAUAAUUACUCCAGAUAUUCAUGAACGUUAUAUUCAUCUAAUGUGUAAAUUUGAUCCCACUGGUGUAUAUCAUUAUUUACAACUUCAUCAAGGAACCUAUCGACUAGAAAAGGUUUUACCUAUAUGCGAAUCCGCUGGUAUUGUGGAUGCGGUGGUAUGGAUUUUAGAAAAAAGUGGUAAUACCAUGGGUGCUCUUGAUAAAAUUUUGGAAAUUGUCCAAGAUAAGAGGUUUGACAUUCUUGCAUUGGUUGAAGAGAAAAAAGAUUCGAAGAUCGACCGAUGGACAUUAAUGGAAAAAACCAAAAUUGAAACAUCUUUAAUGAAAUUGAAAGGUGUUCUCAAGAUUGGAAUUCUUUUGUGUGAAAAUAGUUGUCGACGUGCAACAUUGUCUAAUGGUUCUGAAGUUUUAGCUUUACCUCAAACUAGCAGUGCUAAUGAGAGUGAAACUGAGUUAUUAUGGUUCAAGCUUUUGGAUACAUUUUUGGAUGCCACUAAAGCCGUAUCGUCAAGUGUAAUACCACCGAUUCCUACUAUGAUGUCAGAAAAACUUUUAGCUAAUGGACAACUAUCUUCAUUCGAAAUGCCAAGGUCAGCCAUACCACCUCACAUCGCUAAUCAUCUGGUCACGACUUUUAAAUCGUACGUUCAAUCUAUCAUGAGAUCUUUGCUUUCGGCGACAUCAUCACCUUACGUUUCUUUCCCAAGACUAUUGCUUCGAUUUAUACAAUCACAAGCCAAAAGAAACAGUACUGUCUCGGACUUUCGGGACAUUUUUGUAGGCAUGAUUGAUACAUACAAAUAUGAAGGUCAGUUGCUGGCUAUGACCAACCGACUAUUUGAAAAGGACUUGUUCAUGAGUGUAGCAGGUGUUGUACGACAGCGUGGUAAAGGCUGGCGUCCUCGUAGGGGGACGUGUGAAGUGUGUGGGGGCCAGUUCUGGGGCACGGAUAUGAACCCCCUGACCCUCCGCACAGCACCUGGUAGAGGUUCAUCCGAAAAAGAAACGACCCAUUCAUCAACUAUAUCCAACCCUGCCAAUAUUGCAGAUGCCAUAACAUCCGAAGAAGAAACGCCUUCCGAUAUCGCUCAUGCCAUAAAGAACAUAGAACUACCAGAAGAUCAAGGCGAUCUUCAAUCGGUAUUAGACCAGUCUGAUGAAGCUUCAACAUCACAAGACACUCCAUUUCCAUUACCAUCAUCCCCCAUGCAACAACCAACGUCUCCAACGGUUCAAGAAAAUGACUUACUACUUUUCCGCUGCGGCCACGGAUACCAUCGUAGAUGUCUUGAAACUGAAGCAAAUAUCAGCACUGAAAAUGAAUCGGAAACAAAAUGUACGGUAUGUCAAACUGAACGACGGAGAGAAAACAUGGUUCCACUUGAAAUUAGGCGUGGUUCGCUGGAUACUUCGGCCGGAAAAAACAAGGGUAAAGAUAGACUUGUAAGUAUAUAA